AUAAAUCUUCAUUACAUUUAUAUUAAAAUUUUAUAAAAAUGUAAUACAAUACAGAGGUACCUUGAAACUCAACGUCAGUUGGUUCUGGGAGUGGCGUUGAGUUUAAAAGGCGUUGAGUUUCAAGGUAUGUUAAUGUGUUCCAUGGUCCCGUGGAACUGCAUAUAUUUUAGGCUAAUGUAAAAUAAUGGGGUUGUUUUUGACACUUAUACACUGAAAAUAACACAAAUAUAAUAUAAAAAAACACUGAAAUACAAUUGAAAAACAGUUAAACACAAUAAAACCUGUACUUUACUUCUUUAUUGUUUCCUUACGCUUCUUAAUGGUGGAAAUGCUUGAACUUGGAAUACCGUAUUCCGUUCAGUAAAGGCGCAUUCACAUGCGGCACAAUAGCUGUUGCACUGGCUGUUUUCUAUAGAGUGUGUUGGUGCACAAAGCUUAACGUGACUUAUUGUACUAAAACAAGCGAGGAAUUUCAUUAGUAGAGAACUUAUGAGCAGUAAUAAUUAAGAAAAGUUUAGUGUUCCUGUGUCGUUCUUUUAAUACAUUAAGUCACGAUUAAGCUUUUUAUAAUGAUAAGCAUUUUAGACUUUUUUUUUUUUUUUAAAGCUAAUUCUUACAAUUUCUAAGAACCCCAAGCUAUAGGACAAGUUUAAAAGUGAAACAGUGAGGAAUCCAGCUAAACUCAGAUAACAGGGGGAUGCUUCCAGGGUAAUUUGACACUAAUGCAGAUUCAUCUUAUAUGGUGAGUUUAAGGUAAACGUUGAGUUACAAGGUACCACUGUAAUCCAAUGAUUGUUUAAGCUUUUUGUUAAAUAGGCCUCAUAUAACAUAUAACUCAAUGGCUAAUUCUCAUUUACAUGCCUUAUGAAGAGGUUCAAACAGAAAACAAAACUAAUUCUUCCCUUUUAAUGCACAGGUUGAGCAUAAGAAAAUGUUAAACGGCAUAUAACCUGUGCACAUUGAUUAUUUUAUCGUUUAGUUUUACAGCUUUGUCAUAUUUGGUAAAGAAAAACGAGUAUUUGUGCAUUUAAUAAUUAUCAUCCCAUUAGAUGAUGUGUCACCUAAAAAAAUCAACAAAACUUAAUUCGACCAGAGGUUUAAUUGCAAUACACUGAGUUGUGAUAUUUUCCAGACCUCAUUGCUUUUAUUUAUCAAAAAUAUAUAUUUGGAUUUGGAAAAUGCUAAGAAUUUGAUCAAAACAUAAAGCAUAUGUAUAAACAUCAAAAAGAAUCCUAUGUGUAAACAUUAGACAGAAAUGGUGUCUUUUCUGGUACCCUGUCCCGCCACCUGUUGGUGAGGGUGAGUAUUACAACAGCUGCUGUAUUUAAGGUAAGAGGCUGCAAUGCGUCUCGGCAUUUCAUUCUGACAUCUCCACACGCACAGCUGGUCGCCUAAAAUACAAGAUCUAACAAAAAGGAUCUACUAAAGUAAUUCACAGUAUAAAAAGCGGGAGGAAUAGAUAUCAGGAUGCCAGAAUUUCAACUUUAUUUUAAAUUCUACUUUCUUCUACUUUUUGUGAGUUUGGCAGUCGAUGCUGCCCCCGAGCAGAGAAGUCUGUACAUGUGGAUUGAUGCCAGGCAAGCAAGAAUAUUAAUAGGUUUUGAGGAGGAUAUUUUGAUUGUUUCUGAUGGAAAAAUGGCUCCAUUCACUCACGACUUCAGAAAAGCCCAGCAGCGGAUGCCCGCCAUCCCCGUUCACAUCCACCAUGUGAACUUCACCUGGCAAGUGACUGAUGAUCAGGAAGAGUACUUCUAUGAGUUCCAGAGUCUGCGUUCGUUUGACAAAGACAUCAUGGAUGACCCUGUUGUCAACGUCCCUCUCUUAGGCUCAGUGCCACACAAAGCUUCAGUGGUCCAAGUAGGCUUCCCGUGCCUAGGAGACCAAGAUGGGGUGGCAGCAUUUGAGGUCACUAUCCUGGUGAUGGACAGAGGUGGAAACAUUGUACUUAGGACUCCACUUAAUGCUAUCUUCUUCAAAACCUGCCAGAAAGCAAAGUGUCCUGGGGGCUGCAGGAAUGGAGGCUACUGUAAUGAGAGGCACGUCUGCGAGUGUCAGGAUGGGUUUUUUGGCACACACUGUGAAAAAGCCUUGUGUUCACCAAGAUGUUUGAAUGGGGGAAUGUGUACGAGUCCUGGUAUGUGUAUUUGUCCUCCUGGGUAUCAUGGAAACAGCUGUGAGAAAGCUAACUGCACCACCACAUGCUUGAACGGAGGAACUUGUUUCCAUCCUGGAAAGUGUAUUUGCCCUGCUGGGUUUGAGGGUAGCCUCUGUGAACUAAGUAAAUGCCGCCAGCAGUGCAAAAAUGGAGGCAAAUGCAUCGGGAAAAACAAAUGCAAGUGUAGCAAAGGAUACCAUGGAGAUCUGUGCUCUAAAGCUGUCUGCGAGCCCAGCUGUGGAGCACACGGGUCCUGUGUGGAACCCAACAGGUGUCAGUGCCAGGAGGGUUGGCAUGGACGUUACUGUAAUAAAAGAUACAGAGGAGGACUCUCUUUCCUCCACCGCCAAUCCACCUUAAGAACCAAGUCUCCAACCACAUCAGAGAAAGAAACCAAGGAGACCUCAGACUCCAGCCGACCUUCAGAUACCAAUUAUGUAGUUUAAGCUUCCCACUGUUCCUUAGUGCCUCUCUGACUUGCCCCCCUCACCUUCUGUUCAUCAUCAUUUGUUUGGGGACCCUGCUAUUCUGUACUGCUUUUUCUACCAAAACAGACUAAACUGCAUUUCUAGUAUCCCAGCUCAGAACUAUUCUGAUUAAGUAUCUCCCACCACCGACGGGUUCUUCUCCAGUCCUUCAGACACUGGGAAGGAGUGGUGCUUCUGCAGGAAAUGAAAACAUGAAUCACAGCUAGUAUAUUACAGGUCAGAAGCACUUUUGUGAGGGCAGUGAUUAUUGUGGUCAGCUCAUGUGCAUGGGUUGGCUAGUCCUUCCUGUUUCUCUUUAAUCACUUUCUCUUCUAGAAAAAGACAUUGAACAGAUGUUGGAAUACCCCCAUCCCCCCAUCCUUUUUUUUUUUUUGUAAUAUGUACUAUGUAUUUUAUAUCUACCUAAAGUGGAUAUGCUUCGUGAAAUGGAAAUAUAUAUAGAUGUAUCUAGCUUGAUGUGUAGUUUUAAAUUGUAUAACAAUGCAAAUAAGCUGCUUUUUACAUCAUACUUUAAUAAAUAAUGGAAUAUUUUAUCAACUAGGUGAUACACCACUAAAAAUAAAACCAUUUCAUGCUUCCUCUCCACCAAUGCCGAUCCCUGCUCUGAUUGAGGAGAAUGAAGCUUAUCCAUGCCCCCUCCGACACGUGGGCAGCAUGCCGUAUGCAUUUUAUCACCUACACUUUGAUGAGUGCAGUGCAGCUCAGCGUUGUGUACAGAGAGACACACCCUAAGAGCACUCUUUUCUCAUCUCUGUGCAGGCACCAUUAGUCAGCCAGCUGUAACUGCACCAGUCAUGGGAGAGAGACCCCAUCCGGCUUAGUCCCGCCCAUAUCUGAACAACAGGCCAGUCGUUGUUCAUGUGGCCGCUCAGCCUUAGUCGGUAGGCAGAGCUGAGAUUCGAUACGAUGUAUUUGAGAUCCAAGCUCUGGUUCCUGCGUGUGUUUUUUACCGUUGCGCCACCUGAGCGGCCUGACUGUCUGACCUUUUAAACAUCAAUGUUUUAUUGUGUUUAAAAAAAUCACAUGAAAAUGGGACGUUUGUCAUAACAUUAUUGGGAUUUUAAUGACUAAAUUAUCGAAACAUACUUCCAAGUUCAAAACAGACCUUUCACGAAAAUAACUUCUUUUAUAAAUUGAUAGUAGUUUUUGUUCAAUUAUGUAAAAAUUUACAGUGGUACCCUGUAACUCAACAUCGCCUAAACUCGCGUUUCCCUUAAACUCAACGUGUUCAGUUUCUUUUAAAAAAAUUAUUUAUUUAAUUUCAAAUUAACAAUAACCAGCUUGGGCGGUGCAGUAAAAUGUCAUCAAAAUGUGAAUAUGAGACGAAUCUGCAUUUGUGUGGAAUAUUAAUCAAAUCCACUCUGAAAGCAUCCACGUGUAUUUAUGUUUAUCUGGAUUUUUCUCCUGUUAAAAAGCAGCGCAAAAGCUAAUGUGCUGCUUCUCAUGUGAAUGUGCCGGUACUGAAUGGAAUACGGUAUUCCAAGAUCAAGCAUCUCCACAAUUAAAAAGCGUAAGGAAACAAUAAAGAAGUAUUACUGUUAACAUAAGUUUUAACUUAGUCUAAAUAGCUGCUGAACACUUAAUUGAGGUUACACCUGUGAGCUGUUAACUUUAUACAGAUUUAAUUUGAACUUGAUAGCUGCUGAGUUGAGAGUCAAAGUGGAUUUGAGAGCUGCUGAUUAGUCUAGAAUAUGAACGCUGGUGACUUGAGAUUAAAGACUUGACUACAGUUCUGCUUUCAACAAACCAUAUACACAUUAUACAAGACAAAAAACUGAGCUGGACCAGGUGUAUUGUCAGUAGAUAUGGAAAGCACUGGGCACUGUUCUUAGUUCUUAGGGUUCUUUUGAUGAUCCACAUUUUAAACAAUGUAUUUGGGGUUAUGGGCUGCUUGGUUCAUGUUUGUUGUGCGCUGAGUCUGUCACAAAAAUGUGGACCACCUGGGUGGUCCUAAGAACUAGACGAGGAAAUGGCAAUAUAAAUAGCAUAAUUUUCAUUUAGAAGCAGUCCUGCACACAUUUCCUCCACAUGCUGUCCAGUGUGUGAAGUGAAGAGUGCACAACACAGCAGGGUGCAAAUGAGAGAUGAUCAUGUAAUGAUGAGUGAGGAAAAAAAUUCGGAGGACCUUCGUUAUUUCCAAAAAAAUAUGAAGCAUUAAGAUAAAACUACUGUGUAUUUAGAAAUGUUUAAUUACUUUAAAUAUAAAUCGUUUCUGGAUGCAUUUAAGACUUCACAUAUAUACAGUGCUCUGGAAAUAUUUGGCACAUACCAGAUUUCUUCUAUUUUUUGCUAAUUUAUCACAUUUUAAUAUUUCAGUUCACCAAUGUUUCAAGUUUUUUCCAUUUGUGUAUAGUAUCUCUCACUGUGAUUUGCAGGAGUCCAGAGCUGUAGCAAUGGCUUUAUAACUAUUUCCAGGUAGAUUUCAAUUAGUUUGUUUGGCAUCUGUAUUUGAAUCUCUUUUGAAUGUGAAUAACUGUUAAACUGAUUCCUUUAUUAAAUAUCUAACAUAUUUACUAGAAAACAAUAUAACUCUUGCUAAAUGCAACUGUCCACUGUCGCCUCACAGCAAGAAGGUUCGAUCCUGGGUCCUGGGGUCGAUCCCUAGGUGGGGUGGUCCGGGUCCUUUCUGUGUGGAGUUUGAAUGUUCUCCCCGUGUCUGCGUGGUUUUCCUCUGGGUGCUCCGGUUUUCUCCCACAGUCCAAAGACAUGCAGUAAGGUGAAUUGGAGACACUAAAUUGUCCAUGACUGUAUUCGAUAUAACCUUGUGAACUGAUGAAUCUUGUGUAAUGAGUAACUACCGUUUCUGUCAUGAAUGUAACCAAAGUGUAAAACAUGAUGUUAAAAUCCUAAUAAACAAACAAACAAACUAAA